AGGUGGGCUGUCAAAAACCAAUCUUUGCCACGUACUACUUUCUAGAAAGAACUUUUGUAUUUAGGUCCUCACGAUUCUCUCAUUUCUCACUUUUCGUCCUCCCAAAACCUCUCUACUGUACACUUAAACCCUCUUUCGCCUUCGCCGGAAUCCAUGGCUGCCGCCGCCGCAUUAUCGAAGUACUGCCUCCAGAGAGCCCAACGCUGUUAUUUACACCGAUCAUGGAAUUGGGGGGUUGAAUACUCGCCGCGCUACUCAUAUGCAUCCUUAGGUAAUUUUGGAAAUCAAUUCCGUCGGUUUUCCCGUUCCACGGACACCAACCUCCGCAAGGUCAAGGAACUAAAACUCUCCGAUUAUGGAAGAGAGUAUUGCCGUUUUCCCUCUAGGACGUCGCCGUGGCCGUCGCCGCAGAAGCUUAAGUUGAUUGGCUGGUACUUGAGCAUGCUCGAGUCACGCCCCAUUGCUACCAAAAGCUUUACAUCUGCCCUAAUUUACACUGCGGCUGAUGUGUCCUCACAGACGAUUGUUGGCGAGCGGUAUGAUUAUGCAAGGACACUGCGGAUGGCUGGAUAUGGAAUGCUUAUACUAGGGCCUUCAUUGCACUAUUGGUACAAUUUCAUGUCUAGAGUUUUUCCUAAUCGUGAUCUGUUGUCGACGUUGAAGAAAAUGGCUUCGGGGCAGCUUCUGUACGGGCCUGCAAUGACUACGGUGUUCUUCUCCAUGAAUGCUGCUUUACAAGGGGAGAGCAAUUCAGAGAUUACUGCCAGAUUGAAACGUGAUUUGCUUCCAACAAUCAUUAACGGCGCAAUGUACUGGCCAGUUUGUGAUUUCGUGACAUUCAGAUUUGUUCCAGUUCAUUUACAGCCUCUAGUGGCGAACUCAUUUUCGUACUUAUGGACCGUGUACAUGACUUACAUGGCAAGCUUGGGAAAACCAGUUGCUAGUUGAAGGAUUCAUCUGCAUAGUUCAUUCACUAGAAGGAGUCGAGUCGACGAAACGAAAACAACGGUAACUAAGCUGCAACUCAGUACUGAGGAAUUAAGUUUUAACAGUUUUAUGUUUCUCUUUGCCAAUGGCAGCAGUCAAGUAUUUCAUCUGUUAUUAUUUUCCUGUAGUUUUGAAUUCUUUAGUUUGCAUAUAUAGUAAGUGAAUUGAUUUGAUUUACAUUGCCUGUGAUAAAAUAUAUAUAUAUAUAUAUAAUAAAAUUGCA